UUAUUUGCUUUUUGUGCGAGAUGUGGAAAUCCUGAGCAAAGGUGAGCAGCUCACUCCUGCACCGCCAACACCACAACACUUUAUUUAGUCCUGUUUUAUUCACAAUCAGGAUCAGAGCCACAAACCACAACUUUUAUCUGCUUCAUUCAGUCCAGUCGUGUCCAGUUAAACACCGUCGCUCUACACCACUGUUUUCACUUUAAAGUGAACUGCUUCAGUCCUGGUUCAGUCCUGGUUCAGUCCUGGUUCAGUCCUGGUUCAGUCCUGCUUCAGUCCUGCUUCAGUCCUGGUUCAGUCCUGCUUCAGUCCUGGUUCAGUCCUGCUUCAGUCCUGGUUCAGUCCUGCUUCAGUCCUGGUUCAGUCCUGGUUCAGUCCUGGUUCAGUCCUGCUUCAGUCCUGGUUCAGUCCUGCUUCAGUCCUGCUUCAGUCCUGGUUCAGUCCUGGUUCAGUCCUGGUUCUCGGACAUGUUCCUCAGGGUGCUGCUCCGGUCCCUCUGGUGUUGGGGGGUCCUGUGUGCAGGGGUCCUGUGUGCAGGGGUCCAGGCAGAAAACAACAGCUCAGCAGAGCUGGUGGGAGGAGCCAGUCUCCGGUUGGUGGGAGGAGCCAGCCGCUGUGCUGGGACUGUGGAGCUGAGACGCAGAGGAGAGUGGAGACGAGUGGAUGAGCCUUUUAAACACUGGGACCAGGACGACACAGCUGCUGUGUGCAGAGACGUGGACUGUGGCUCUGUUGUUUAUGGAGAAUAUACAGCUGGUUUUCCACAGGCUCGUGUGUGGAGGGUGAAAUCGAACUGUGUGAAAAAGUCUGCAGUGAGUGAAUGUAUCUCUGAGACGUUCCCGUCUCCUUCUCCCUCGGGUCUGCAGGUCAAGUGUUCAGACUCGGUGCGGUUGGUCUCGGGGUCCGGUCUGUGUUCAGGAUCAGUGCAGAUCUGGGACGGGUCCUGGACCGGGGUCUGUGACGGGGACUUGGACCAGCGGGGGGCAGAGGUGCUGUGCAGGGAGCUGGACUGUGGGGCUCCUUCUCUCCUCCAGGGGGCGCUCUCUCCUCUGGGGCAGACGUUCCACUGUGAGGGACAUGAGUCUGCUCUGAUGGACUGUCCCCGCUCCAACUCAAGCACCUGCUCCUCUGGAGCCACUGUCAACCUCACCUGCUCAGAGCCAAUCAGGUUGGUGGGAGGAGCCAGUCGCUGUUCUGGGACUGUGGAGGUGAAACACAGAGGAGAGUGGAGACGAGUGGAGCCGUCAUUAUUCUGGCAGCAGCAGGGCACAGUUGGUGUGUGCAGAGACCUGGGCUGUGGCUCUGCUGUUUAUGGAGAAGUGAGAGAUGGUUUUCCACAGAGUCGUGUGUGGAACGUCCUGUCUAACUGUGUGAAGACGUCUUCAUUGAGAGGAUGUAUCUACGGUUCCUCCUCCUCUUCCUCUGAGGGUCUGUGGGUGAAGUGUUCAGGUUAGGUCCAGAGGCGGCGCUAGAGAGACGCCCCGGCUGAGAGUGAGACCGGUUCAGAUCUGAGUUGGUCCAGUUUCAGAAACUUCAUUAACAUCAUUAGUUUCAUUAGCAUCAUUAGCAUCAUUAGCAUCAUUA